AUGUUCCGGGAAAAUGACAAUGAAUCUGCAGGGUUGACCGGCAGUAGUGAUGGUGAUAGUGAGAGUGGUAGUAAUGAUAACAAUGGUAAUGUUAGAGAUCGUAACGACGUCACGGUGACAAUGGUAAUGGUAGUGUUGGUAAAAAAAAAAAAAAACAACAGUAAUAUUGAUGACGAAAUAAUGACAACGUCCAUAAUGACAACAAUACCAAGAAUUGAAAGUAGUGUCAAAGGAGUGGGAAAUCUUGACCUCUUUUGUUUAUCACUGCUGAAAGCUGAGAGUGAGGAAGAAGAGGGAGGCAAGCCCGAUAAUGGUUUUCGAUGUCCCGGAUGGAUUGCUGGAACAGAUCAUCACCACUUUCCCAAACAUCGGCAAUGA